AUGGACGGUUUACCUUUCUUACCUGGAUUUCGUUUCAAUGACAUCACUAAAAAAAAUUACAAUCUUAGUGCUCAGUUUAAAUGGACAAACGGAUAUGCCUUGCCGAGGGAAAAGUCCAUUGGAAUUGGCAAAGAACCUCUGGAUGUGGACUCGAUACUGUACGCAAAGACGUCAGACAACGCCGGUUAUGAUCCGACGUUGACCUAUGGCAAAGCGAAAGACCCUCCGAUUUCUAUCCCCGAAUCACAUUACGAAAAGUACGACGGAAGAUGUCUGGCUUUCAAUGGUUUUACUAGAGUGACGGUUCUUGAAUCUCCAGUAGACACAUACAGAGUGCGUCACGUAAAAUUUACAUACUUCCUGGUCGAUGACACUAUUGCCAUCUUCGAGCCUUUUGUAGAGAAUGCCGGUUAUACGCAGGGGUGUAUAUUGAGACGAGGACCCGUGCCAAACCCAAAUCGGAAGAACAGGACGUGGCACUGGUCAGAUCUAAAUAACGGCGUGGAACUAUCCAUAUAUGGUGUAACGUACCGACUUUGCAAUUGCGACGCUUACACCAAACAGUAUCUGUCCAUGCAAGGUGUGGCAAUGGCCCCAGACGAACAAAUGCCGGGCGAUCCAUAUACGAUCACCAGACACCGGUUAACGCAACGGCAAGGUCAACAAGCAACGGGCACUUCCAGGCGAUCUGUUGAAGAAGAUAGGCUAAAACAAUUUUUGAUAAAUGACGGCAAAGUACUGAGAUUUUAUGCUGUCUGGGAUGACGAUUGGCUCGACACAGUGGAACGCAAAUACUUUAUCGUCCUUUACUAUUUGACUGAUGGCGAGGUCGCAGUAUUUGAGUCAAAGGUCGGCCAAAACUCUUGUGGAAAAGAUCCGUUUCCGGUAUUUUUGAACAGAAUACGAUUGCCAAAAGACAGGAAUCUAUUGCCAGCGACUUUUCCAACCAUCUAUUUGGAAAGUGGGGAAGAAGAAAUUAAGGAAUACUACCAACCUAAAGAUUUCGUUAUUGGAAACUUCAUUUCUGUACUUGGCAGAAAGUUUUUGUUGUAUGAUUGCGAUCAGUUCACGCGAGAUUAUUUUAAAGAAAUGUUAAAUAUCAAUCAACCUGGGCCUAUCGAAGUCACUGAACCCGAUAGCGCGGAUCCGGCUAACCAAGAAAAGUAUAUACCACCAUACACUGGCAUCGGUAGUCCGGAAGACACGCUACAAAACUGUUUCUCAUUAAUGCCGAAGCCACCGAAAACCUUGGACUUUGUCACCUAUGUGCUAAAUGCAGCAAAAAAGUUACGGUAUAAGCUUAAAUUGGCGUGUGUGCGAGAAGAAGACAAACACCGUGAAUUCAUAAUGGCGUUUUGUCUUGGUAACGACCAAAUGACUAUACAGGAGGCGCCGUCGGGCAAGAAUACCGGAUUCAUAAAGGGAAGGUUUAUGUCGUCGGUAAGGCUUCGCAAACCCAACACCAACGUCGACGAUCAAAUGUUUUAUGGGACUAAAGAUUUUGCAAUAGGAGCCGAAAUAUGGAUCAGAGGGGCUAUGUUCAUCAUUGUCGGCUUAGACUUGUGGACUUAUAACUAUAUGGUCGAACACCCGCACAUGUUCACUCAGGAAGCGAUUGAUGGGGCGAAAAAGUACCUCGAAGAAGAAGGGUUAUUGAACAAGCACCAAGAAAAAAUUGAAUCUAAGCCAGAGAGCGAGCAACAGGAAAAUGAAGCCGAAAAACCGAAGACUAAAGAUUUAUUUGGAGACCAAUUGAUUGUUGAAAAUAUUGAUUAA